UGUGUGCGAAGUUUAAGUUCCCACGUAGAACAUUGCGUGUUGUAUUAAAUGGCUAAGUGGGGUGAGGGUGACACUCGUUGGAUUGUUGAGCAACGAGCAGAUGCAACAAAUGUUAAUAACUGGCACUGGUGAGUAGAGGACAGAAAAGAAUGCCCGCCAGUGGUCAAUCAACAAACUCCAAGAGUUGCUGACAGGUUUGAAGAUUGAAAAUGCACUUGGUUGACUUGACUGUUAGCACACCCCAGUCCUGAAGCUGAUAGAUUGAAAGACAUUAUCAUGAAAGAUGCAAGAGAACUUAUUAGACUUAAGUUAGCAAAUUAUGUAAAAACAUUAAAAGAGGAUUUCAGCAAAGGCAUGAUUUUGGCAAGGAAGAGUGAGGGAAUGAGUGAAACUAAGACAACAAAGACUGGUGACACUGAAAGGUUAUCUCAAGUACUUUUUGAGAAAGUUCCAGUAUCAAAAAGUGAACAAGAAGUCAAGCAAUUAAAAACUGUCAAAACUGGAACCCUAACUAUGACAAUUAAACUACAAUGCACUAAGGAAGAAUUUUAUUGUGCUCUUACAAAUAAAGAGAUGGUGGAAGCUUUCACUAAAAGUGGUGUUAAAAUGGAUGUAGAACCUGGUGGGACGUUUGAGUUACUCAGAGGAAAUAUAAGUGGACAAUUCUUGGAGCUGGUACCCAACUCAAAGAUUUAUCAGACAUGGAGAAUCAGCAAUUGGCCUGAUGGUCAUUUCUCAACUGUUCUAAUUGAAAUAGAACAACUUUUGGAUGGCAUAGAAGUAAAACUGACUCAAGAAAGUAUUCCUGAAAGUCACUUGGAUACUAUGAAGGACAACUGGAAUCGCUACUACUGGGAUGCUAUGAGAGGAACUUUUGGGUUUGGUGCAUUCCUUGCAUGAAUAUGGUGAAUUAUGGUAAACAACUGUGGUGAAGAAAUGCUAUCUUACAGUACUGUGACCAUAUUUGACACUUGCGAUUAUUAAUACAAUUUUACUCUACUGUGAUUUUGUAUGUAACUGUGAUACACUAUUCUUUUGUCAUUUUACCUUAUGAGUAAGGUUAAGUAUUAU